CGCGAUGCGGGACGCCUCCCCCGCGGGCCACAGGAGGGACCCGCCCGAGGCGGCGGCUCCGAGGGGCGGUCCGUCGCUGGCGGCCGCGCACGAGCGCCAGAGCCACGGCGCGCUUCAGCAGCUCCAGCGCGAGCUCGAGGACGCGGAGAGGCGCGGGCGGCGGCUAGAGCAGCAGCUGAGGCAGCAGCGCACGGUGGCGCGCGAGGUGGAGCGACAGGUGGAGGAGGCGGGGCUUCGAGCUGGCGGCGUCAGGCACCAGGUGGAAGCGAUAGGCAAGGACCUCAGCCGCUUGAACGCCGCGUUCAUGACGCGGGAGCAGCAGGUGCUCGACUUUGACGGCUCCCUGCCCGCCCCCGAGGGCGACCCAAGGCACCUCUGGCAGGCGCUCCGCCACCUGGAGCUGCGCAUCGACCAGGAGUGCGAGCGGUGGCGGGCCGCCGAGCAGGAGAUCCUCGGCUCGCUCGGACACCAGGUGCAGCGGUUGCGGUCGGAGAGCAGCAGGCACAUGGCCGACCUGGAGGACCGCUUGAGGGAGGAGAGCCGCCGCAGCAGGCAGGCCCACUCCAGCCUGCAGCUGCGCGGCACGGAGCAGGAGCGGCAGGUUGAGGCCGUAGGCGAGCGCCUAGACCUGCUGGAGCAGCUCGUGCCCGGCAGCGCCUCGAGGCCGCGCUCCCCGCAGCGGCUGCCUUGGUCUGCGGAGCCCGAGCCGCCGGCGCAGCUCUUCGCGGGGCGGCUUGGGAUGCUCGAGGCACAGCACGCUGCUGGUGCCGCCGACCCCGGUGGCGGCGUUGGGAUCUGGCAGCUACACCGGCAGCACCAGCCGGGCUGCGCUGCCCUUUUCGACCUGUCCGCGGCCGCGGUUGCGCCGUUCGAUGCGCACAAGACGGGCAGGGGG